UACACACCCUUACACACACACACUUACCUUCUGAAAGCCUGUGUAUUGGAUCUUCACUCCCCACCGGAGCAAAAGAUGCUGAAAUCUCUGCGUUACCAGUUUAAGGUAAGCCGUCUCAGUAAACGUGACUCGUCCUCCACGUGGUUUGAGGGGAGUGUUGAUGACGAGGAUGAUGAUGAUGAAGGCUUCUACAUGGUGGAGGCGCAGGACGAGUGCGCGGAUGGACAGAAGCUGGAAAACGAGUGCGUCGCCUGGGACGUCCCCCGUCUGCUCGGACUCGAGGGAAUCAAUUCCAAUGUCACUUCUGAGCACAGCGAAGUGCUGAGUGUCACGCAGAUACAGCAGCUGUCUCACUCGCUCCCCGCUAGGUUACAGGUGUGUGAGUGGAUGUUAGCGUAUCGUACUCAGACCCACGGCAGCAGUUUGAGGACGCUGUACAGAACCACCAAACAGCUGGACACCUGCAUGAUCGUCCUCGUUAAAGACACCUACGGACAGGUAUUUGGAGCUGUUUGCUCCGCCCCUCUCAGAGUUAGCUCCACCUACUACGGCACAGGACAGACCUUUCUGUUCUCAUUUUCUCCACAUUUACAGGUGUACAAAUGGACGGGCGUUAACUACUACUUCAUUAAAGGAAGCGUGGACUCUCUGCUGUUCGGAGGAGGACUAGGCCGGUUCGGUCUGUGGCUCCACAGCGAUCUGCUCCGGGGCCGCAGUCAGCGAUGUGAAACCUUCGAUAACGACGUGUUGUCCUCAGAGGAAGAUUUCAUCAUUACCGAGCUCGAGGUUUGGGCUCUCGUUUGACUGAACACCUCAUACAUCACGAUAUAAUCUGAGAAAGAAUCAGGCCGACCUCGUCGGCGUCGGCACGGGCAGGAGUCUCGACUCGGCCCGAACGAGGCAGCGGGGCACAUUUCACACGGAUGGGAUCGCUGACGGCUCUGACGACACGCUUUCACACACGCCAACAUGCUUCACGGACCACCAUCACGUGGUCGAGAUCUUAAAUCACACUUGAGGAACCGUCUCGUCUUCAACGCAGAUUUCCGAGGACCAGCGUGAUUCGACACUAGAGGGAGCUAUAGCCUCAGGGAAAGACAGGACUUUCUGGCGUUGUGCCAAAGUAAGAAGAGAACGCUUUAUGAACCUUGAGCAUUUUAACUCAUGUUAAAUCCAGGUCAUAGAGCAUGCAGUAGGAAUCAUUAUAUUAUAAACGUCUAUUCGUUUCUAUUCCAUUGAAUUUAAAUCCGUGUGUGAGACGUUAACACCGACGACGUCACAUGACACUCCUUGAACUCGGGACGUGUGAAAUUUGAUGUGGUGGUCUGUCUGAUCCUGCCUCUAUAUUCAGAGUUCCUAACGACAAUCGAAAUUAUUUUCCCAAAUUACGAUCUAAUGGUUUUAAUGGCGUCCAGUCAAAUCUUUUCAAAUAUGACUUAUGAAAACCUAUAAAAUUGACGUAUGUGUGAAGUAUACUUAUAAUAGUUUUAUUCUCUGGUGGUUCU